AUGUCUUCGCGAGCGUACAGUCAAUGCGUUUACGGUGUAGUUGUGGUCAUUGCGAUGAUCAUCGCUUACAAUGUGGUUUCGUGCGGUGAGUCGUGUCGUCGGAAAGACGUGAACGGAAACGACGACGUGUUUGAAUGCCCGCGACUUUUCGAGUCCAACAAAAAGAGGUUUUGCUGCGGAUUCACGGCUCAGGACAAACACUGCUGCGAAUGGAGCAAAAAGAGCAAAGAUCUGGUCGUCAAUCCCGGAGACGUGAAGUACCUCUUCGAGGGCGCCGUCGCCGUCAUUAUCGUCGCGCUGCUGGUCGUCGGCGGUCUCAUUGUCUGCUGCUGUGUCUGCGCCUGUUGUCUACUCUCACGCAAACGCCAAUCCCGUGGACACGUCUUAGGCAAGUAUUUGGAUUUUCACCCCAACCUAUCGGUCACUUCUUGUCACACCGAAGGGGGGACAAGUGUCACAACGAUUCCAUCGUAUCCGAACAGUGCCUCAUACCCGGUGCAGAACGCGCCCUCAUAUCCAUUGCAACCCUACCCUCCGGAUCAGCCGCCGCCGCCCUAUAACUACAGUCAGACACAGCCGGCCUAUAAUCCAUCGUAUCCUACCUAUAAUCAGAUCAAACCAAACUGA